AUGCAACGUAGUGCUAGCUACACAUACUCUCAACCAAUGGCGGGUCACUCGAGAUAUGCUUCUACCCAUGCCACCAGCUCGGCCUUCAGUGCCUCUGCCAACCCCAACGAGGACUGGACCAAGAUCUCAGAUCUGGCCGAGCGACGAAGGAUACAGAACCGGAUUGCUCAGCGUAAUUACCGCAAGAAGCUCAAGCGGAGAUUGGAAGACCUCGAGCGCAGAGCCGGUUCUUCAUCAGCAUCUCCAGAGCAACAACACUCAGAAUUGGCGUCAACUUCUUCGUCUUCCAAGGAUUCGAGUUCUAGACAGUCACACCCAAUGACUCGAGACUCGUCCAAGCACAGCAUUUCUCACGACGUUCAGCACACGUCUCCUGAACUCCUGCCUCUCGAUGAACAAUCAUCUCUGUUCGACUCAUCAAGGCACCUCCCCAUCUCGCCGCCGGCGUACUCGACAUAUCCGCCAACCACGUCCUAUCUCCAGCACGAGUACCAACACUCGCCCUCCUACCACACCUCUCAGCAGAACUACUUUUAUGAGUACCAGUAUCCCACAGAUUACAGCCAAAGUCUGCCCCCAACGCUGCCGACCAUGCUGCCUGCCAACUAUGCUACAAAGCAGGAGCCGGCUUUCGGAGAAGACGAUAUCAUGAAUCCUUUCUCCAUGAACUACGCGUCUUUGGCCGGUCUGGAUGUCUCAUCGACUCAAGCCUACACAAGCCCCAGUGCCCAUUCUCAAGUAGGCCUCACCACUCCCUUUCCCCGUUCUCGCAGUCCUCCACACUUCUGA